ACAUUCGUCUGAACUCCUCCACCGGGGAACUAUUCCUGGAUAAACCAGUUGACCUUGACAAACUGACGUCAGAGCGGAGCAUCAUCGCCCGGGCAGAGGUCUCUGAUGGCGGGGACAGCGCAGUCGCCAACGUCACCCUCCUAUUUGAAUAUGUAAAUGAGCACCGGCCUGUCAUCCAGCCCCUGGUCGGAGCAAGCAUCUCGGAGAACGCCACUCAGGGCACACACCUGGCCCAGGUCAAGGCCACCGAUGGAGACCUGGGACCAGACGGCGCGCUGACCUACAGUCUACUGAACACAUCGGACAGUUCAAAGUUCACCAUCGAUAAUCGCACAGGGGAGGUCAGCCUGGCCUGUAGUAACUGCCUGGACUAUGGCCGCCUCAACCACUAUGACCUGGUGGUCAAAGUCACAGACGGGGGGUCGCCUCCUUUCAUGGCUCUAGCCUCACUGCCCGUGGAUGUUGAGGAGACGGUCCUGGAACCCCCGAAGUUUGUCAGAGACAAGUUUGAGAAAAGCGUACGAGAGAAUGAGCCCCCGUCAUUUUUACUUCAGCUGGAAGCGACUGACCCCGACACCCCCCUGGACCAGCUGACGUAUGGCAUGACGUCACCGGACCCAGACAUCACAGUCUCCCAGAACGGCUCUGUGUUCUCUCUGAGUGGUCUGGACGCAGAUGGCGCGAGAAACCCUCUCACUUUUGAGGUAACGGUCACUGACGGACACUCCACGGACACUGCCCAGCUUGUGAUCACCGUGGAAGAUGUGAACGAGUUUGACCCACAGCUCAACAUCUCCUCCUCCACGCCGCCCUUCAAAGUCCCCGAGAACGCUUCUAUUGGCGAGGUGGUGACAGCACUAGGCGCCACAGACCGCGACGUCACCAAUCAGGGCUUCACCUUCUGGCUCUCCGAUGGCGGUCAAGGAAAGUUCCGCCUCAACGACACCACAGGGCUCCUGGAGGUCAGCGGUCAUCUUGACCGGCGCCUGACCCAGACCUACCAGCUGACCGUAGCGGUCAGCGACCACGGCCAACCCCCGCGCCACAGCUGGGACCAGCUGCAGGUGGAGGUAGAGUCGAGCAACAGCCGGCCGGAGUUUGUGGGUGACCUCCGACCUCUCACCGCCUCCAUCAACGUGUCUGAGAGUCUCCCGCUAGGGGCACUGCUCAUCACGCUGGCGGCCUCUGACCCUGACCUUGGCUCCUCAGGUCAGCUCACCUUCAGCGUGGUGUCGGGGAACGAGGACGGCGUGUUUGACCUUGACCCCCACUCAGGGAAUCUGACCUUGGCCAAGUCUUUGAAUUACGAACUCACCACGGAGUACACGCUACUUCUCAAGGUCACGGACCACUCCCUCCCCCCCGCCUCCUCCCCUGUGGCGACCCUACACGUGCACGUGAUCAAUGAGGUAGAGGCUCCCCUCUGGCCCCUCCCCCUCCCCACCGUCUACCUCAGCCAGUCUGCCACCUGUGACGUCAGCCCACGGCUCCAGGCUUUCUCUCGGGAGGUCACCUCGCUGACGUCACAGGCAGAUGAGACGGUUGAAUACGUCGUCCGGAACCAGACCAACUAUUUUUCCGUUAACAAAACGACGGGUCUACUCACCACGAGCCAGAUGGUGCCUGAAGGUUUGUAUCACGUGCCUCUGGCGGCUUGCAGUGCGGGCACGAACGUGUGCUCAGAGGCCGUCCUCUCUGUCGUUGUCCGUUCAGACAACAUCCUGGCGUUCUGUCCCGUGUUUUAUCAGACACAGGUGAACGAGUCCUCAGCCCCCGGCCCGCUCGUGCUUGACCUGAACACCAACAAAAACGACGCAUCUGUCUCCUAUAACAUCACGGCGGGGAAUGGAGAGGGGUGCUUCAGGAUUAACGCGUCCACGG